GAUCAUGACCCCUGAUACAUGCGCGUUCAUGACGCAACGGCACAUGUACGCGCAUCAACCGCUCCUCCGAACAGUCAGCACUUGGCUGCUGUCGAGUCGAGGCGGAGAUGGAGUGGUCGACGGAAGAACUUCUCCUGAAGCUGGAGGAGGCUGGGAUAAAUUUGACGAAUGAAGAAGCCCAGAGAUUUAGAGACAAUGAUGUGGAUGGGGAGACUGUGGAGUGUGGUUUGACGGAUAGCAUGGUGUCCUACCUUUUUUCUGGGUCUUUUAAAAAACAAGCAAAAUUUAACAGAUUCAUUCGGGAGCAGAAAGAAGUGGUGACAUUAACACUGGAACCAGUUCCCGAAGAACUGUAUUUACAGCCUUUCAUAGAAGAAGGGUAUCCUACUAAUGCUGAAUAUGUCCAGGUUGUUCAGACUCUUAUUGCUAAGUACCCCUUUCUUAAGGAUCUGGAGGGAAAUGGCUAUCACACCUGGCAUCAGUCCUUGAAAAGAAAAUUCAAAGCAGAGCGGGCACCUUUGGUUCACCAAGAUGAGGUGAGAAGAGUCAAAGAAAAGUUUGGCCACAAAAGAAAGAAGUCUACGCCGACGGAUGCUGCAGAAAAAUGGCACAGAUUUGUGUCAGGGCUAUGGGAAGAGGUCGAUAGGCUUCAUCCAUCCUCUGUAGAGCUGUGCCGUCGCUGGAGAGAGGGCUUCACCGGCAUUGUUCCCAACGUGAUGAAGCUGGUCGGAGAAAGAUCCCCACUGCCAAAAAUGUAUCGUGAGGCUAGGGAGGAACUGCUGGCAGAGGAGCUCCCAGGUAUUCUAUUGUUUUACGUGUCAUCUCUCCGCUAAAGCUACAGUUGGUAAGUUGAAGAAAGUGAAAGUAAACUCCGUGACUUGGUCAGAAAUUUCAAGACAAUACA